AUGCAGUUUCCUAAUGGCGGUGGGGUUGGGACCGCCGGUGGAGAGAUGACCGGCGGUACGGUUGGGUGGUAUCCGGAUGAAAGAGACGAGUUCAUAUCGUGGUUGAGAGGGGAAUUUGCAGCUGCAAAUGCCAUAAUUGAUUCGUUAUGUCAUCAUUUGAAGAGCGUUAGUGAACCAGCAAUACUUUUCUGUGGCGGAGUGAAGAUUAAUAGAUCUAAUGGUGUUGGAUUCAGACAGGGCCAUAGGAUAGAAAUUCCUGUGAAAGAAGGCCAUACUUCUACUGCAGAUUUCAAAAGUCCUCGUGGUAAUGCAAAUGGCUCUGCCAAUUUGGUGACUAAUGAAGUUUCUGUAUCUCAUGAAAAGGAUGUCACACUUACACAGUAUAACGAUGGUUCAAACACAAAACCUGAUAUGGACAAAUAUGAAAACAAUCUAAACUUGCAAACAAUUUUGUCAAACAAUUCAGAAUGUGAGUCAAAGGAGGUGGAUGAUAAGAGCAAUCAAAAUUCAAAAGAAGGAUAUUCUAAUGCACAUCUGGAGCAUGAAUCAUCAUCUUCUACACGAAUCUCAAAUGAAAAGCCAAAUAUUUUACCCACAGCUAAAACAUUUGUUGGCAAUGAAACUCUAGAUGGAAAAACAGUUAAUGUUGUUGAUGGAAUGAGAAUGUAUGACAAGUUAUUCGAUGACACUGAAAUUGAAAACAUGCUUAAUUUGGUAAAUAAUUUGAGAACUGCAGGAAGACAAGGACAAUUUCAAGGAGGACAUACAUAUGUUGUCUCAAAAAGACCCAUGAAAGGCCAUGGAAGAGAGAUGAUUCAGUUAGGCCUCCCCAUUGCUGAUGACCUCAUCAAUGGAUCCUCCAAAGAUCGAAAAAUAGAACCAAUACCGAAUUUAUUUCAAGACGUUAUCGAUCGCCUAAUCACCAUGCAAAUUCUCACAGUGAAGCCAGACUCAUGCGUUAUUGAUAUUUACAACGAGGGUGAUCAUUCACAACCUCAUAUAUGGCCACAUUGGGUUGGAAGGCCUGUGUGUGUUUUGUUGUUGACGGAAUGUGAGUUGACUUUUGGUAAAGUGAUUAGCGUUGACCACCCUGGAGAUUACAGAGGCUGUUUGAAUCUUUCUCUUUCGCCUGGAUCGAUGCUAGUUAUGGAAGGAAGAUCCUCGGACAUUGCUAAGCAUGCGAUUCCUUCCAUCUGGAAACAACGCGUGCUUGUUACGUUGACCAAGUCAAAGAGAGUCACGCAUGGACCACGUGUGGGUGUGGGUGUGGGUCCGAAGCACUAUGUCGCUACCCCAACAGCAGCACCACCACCUGGAAAUGUUUUUGCUCCGGCGAUGGCUUUUCCGGCGGCGGCUUCUGGAGGGUGGACGGGGGCUCCUGUGACUCUGAGGCAGCAUGCGCCACCUGGCACUGGAGUUUUUCUUCCUCCGGGAUCUGGGAACUCUACAGAGGAACAGCAGUUUGAAGAAAAAGAAGGGAAAAAGCAUGAAGAUGAGAAUGGUGGUGACGACCACCAGAAGAAACAGAACGGCGGCGGCGAUUGA